AUGGCCUCCAACCACAACGACAACCCGUGGGCAGACCAAGGGAACCCACAAGGACAGAGCCAGCAGAGCCACAACCCCUAUCAAGCGUACCAAGACCCGCCUCACAACCCCUACGCCCAACAACCACCCCCGAACCCAUUAGGUCAACAUCCCCCUCAAGAGCCGUACGCACAGUACCCGCCUCAACACCAGGACACCUCACCGUGGAGCCAAGAGCCAAGCCAAACUCAAUCUCACAAUCCAUUCAUGCAGACACAAUCCCAUGACCCUUCCCAACAGUCCUACCAGCAGCAACAACCCUCCCAGUCCUCCUACCCUGGACAAGAAGAUGUGCCGCCAGGUCUACCACCCCGCCGCACAGCUACGGAGAUGGCCCUCCCUACCGGACAGGAUCGUUCGCAUCAGAUUGAGGUGAUGCAGAGUUACGAGGCUGCGGGACGAAAAGACGACGACGACGAGAAUGUUGAAGCGCUGCAGCGAGAAUUUCCGAAGAUAGACGGAAGUCUGAUUGCAGCAAUCUAUGGAGAUACCAAAAGCCUGAGCGCUACGAGGGAAAUGUUACAUGAACUGCAGUAA